AGAAGCCGACCUGUUGCCGGCAGGGUCAGGAAGCGGGAGCGACUCGCGUUUACCAGCUUUAAAAAAAUAUAAAAUAAAAUACGAAUUUGGAAUUGAAUAAAUAAAUAAUUUAAACUAAACUGACCGCGAGGAGUGUAUCCAACACACGGUGUCGCUUUCGAUAACUAAAAGGACGUCCUUCAGCAGGUAAACAGUGAUUUGAAGCGUCAAGGUGAAAUUGAAAACACAGACCGUAUCUUUAUAAUUAAAAACGCACUGCGAAGCGUUUAAUUAACUAUAUAUAUAUAUAUAUAUAUAUAAUAUUCGAUACCGUGAUGUGUUUUUCUGUUGAUCUCAACACGUUUGAAGUAGUUUCAAGAGAAACACGACAGGCUGCGCGUUUUGUCCCGUUUAAAAUAACGUGCAUUGCUACGAAUUGCCGACGUAACUGUGCAAAAUAUUAAUUAAUAUUAAUUUUUUUAUCCUACAGACUAGUAUUCAUUCGUCUCGUCGUAUCUGUGUUUUACCAGUUAAGUCCAUUACGCCACACACUCGCUAACCGGCAACAAAACAUUAAUAUAUAAUAAUAAUAAUAAUAAUAAUAAUAAUAAUAAUAAUAAUAAUAAUAAACGUAUUACAUUUACUUCCAGUAUUAUUUAUUUAUUUCUUAGCAGACGCCCUUAUCCAGGGCGACUUACAAUCGUAAGCAAAUACAUUUCAAGCGUUACAAUACAAGUAAUACAAUAAGAGCAAGAAAUACAAUAACUUUUGUUCAAGUAAAGUACAAGUUUGACAAACCACAAUUCAAUAAUACAGCAGAUAAUAGUGAUAGUUACAUCAGGAUAUGAUUAAAUAGUGAUAGUUACAUCAGGAUGUGAUUAAAUACAAAGUACUACAGGUUAAACACUUGGCAGAUUACAAUAUUCUGAAGUACAGGAUUAAAUGCAGUAAAAUAGGGGGCAGAUAAGAGCAAAAUAAAGCACAUUUACAUGAAGGAAGCACAUUUACAUGAUUUCCAGUAGUUUUGUUCUGAUACCCGUGACGCUAACGGGUAGACAGCGAUCCGGUAUUAAUGUGUGUUAGUAUUAUUGAACUAAGAGACGUGAUUUCAUAUAAAGAGACACUAUAAUAUCCACUGUAAGUAUGUGGAGAAACACUAUGCGGUUUGCUGCGGUCCUGUGCCGGCAUCUACCUCCACAGAUGAACCCUCAAAACUUGACCGCUUCCUUGAAGAAGGUGAUUUUGAAAUCGGCUGUUGAAUUCUCCAGACCUGCCAGGACUAUCUCGGUGCACAUCCUCUUGUGUCCACUGCUAGUGGAGCCGGGCGCUGUGCUCCGCCCCGAAGGACUACGGCGUGCCGAACCCCAGCUGGUCUGCGGAGAUGAUGAGUCUGUACGAGCGCUACAGCGCGAAGGGGGCCGAGUCCUGGGAGAGGCUUCCGAGCUACAAGCGCUACCUGACCUACUCUGCAGGGGGGCAGUGCCUCAGCCGGCUGCACAAGCCCACGGCUCGCCUGUUCACCAGGAACCUGGAGGAGGAGGGAGCCGGGUUCGAGUACACCGUCUUCGCCAACAAAGCGGAGCGGCGCGCGGUGUGUCUCUUCCAGGCCGGGCCGCUGCUGGAGGGACCCCCGGGGCACGUCCACGGGGGUGCGAUCGCCACCAUCAUCGACUCAGCCACGGGGAUCUGCGCCACGUACCUGACCGGCUUUGUGAUGACAGCCAACCUCAACAUCAACUACAGGAAUCCCAUUCCUCUGGGCUCGGUGGUGCUGGUAGAGUGUGAGUUGGACCGGACCGAGGGCAGGAAGACGUUUGUCUCGUGCAGAAUCACCAGCGCCGAUGGGUCCAAACUGCACGCGGAGGCCACAGCUCUGUUUGUCUCGGUCAGUGUGGGGACUCUGAUUGGAUUCUGAGUCCGGGAGUCCCUGUGUGAGCCGGAGCAGACUCACCCCAGAGAGAAACGAGAGGAGGAAACGGGACCUUCAGCCGAGCUGCCUCCAGGGGGGGCCCAAACACCCCCCCCUCCCCCAGCCUGCAAUCUUAAACCAGGGGCUCGAGGACCCCCCAGUGUGUCUUCUGGUUUGCACUGGCUGUAAACUACACUGUGUUUAAAUAUGAAGCUUGCAUUGUAACCCUGUGCUGCCCUGUGACACCUGUGUGAGACACCUGGGAUUUAAAAAAAAAAGAAUUGCAUGUUUCAAGUUGCUUGUAAAAUGUUAAGGUUGACUUAGAAAUCUGAGAGUGUUUUUAAAAGAGCUGAAAACAAUGUGUCUAAUUAAGUAAAUUAUUAGCUCAUUUUAAGGGUUCAUUUGAGUAAUUGAUUAAUUCAUUCAUUCUGUGAGCUUAAUAAUAAUAAUAAUAAUAAUAAUAAUAAUAAUAAUAAUAAUAAUAAUAAUAAUAAUAAUAAUAAUACAGACUCCUGUUGCACAGCAGUGUCACCCAGUCCAGGUUUUACUGCUACCAGCUUGUUCAGCCCCCAGUGUGUCUAGGUAACAAGCUCAGGUGUGUCUGAUUAUUAAACUCCUAGUGAAACCAGGACUGGAUCACAGUGCUGUGCAGCGGGAGUCUGAUUCCCGCCCCUGCUGUGGUGUAGUUUGGUCACCUUGCCUCGCUCACCAUGUCCAGUUGCAAUAGUCUCUCUGUUAGAAUAUUAUGUUGGUGGACAGUGAAGAGGAUACAGAGUCGUGUUGACGUGUGACUCCGUUAAGAACACUUAACACUGCAGUUGUGAGCUCUAACCGCUAGAUGGAGCAGUAUUCCUUUUGAAAACUGGAUUUGUUUCCAGAGUUUGCCUGGGCGUGUUCUGAGAAAUGUACGAUAUAUCGUUUGUCCUUAAAUACUGAAUGUCGGUAGAAUUUCUUCUAAGACAGGAAAUCUUUUCCGUAGUACCCCUGGUUAUUAUUUUUUUAAAAAGCUGUUAGUUUAGCUAAUUUAUUGGACCGGUCAUAUCAACACUUUAAUGAACCAUCUAUUUGAAUAUAGGUUUCUUUUUUAUGCAAAAUGUUUUUAAUUUUAGUGUUUUAAUAAUAAUAAUAAUAAUAAUAAUAAUAAUAAUAAUAAAGUAUUAUUUGAUA